AUGUAAAGUAAUAUUAAGUAAUAAUUAAAAGACGAUGAGGCUAACCAUUCAAGAUAUUUUCUAAAGCUAAUGGAUUAACCCAUAAUUAGCAAUUAAGCUACAAAAAAAAAUAAAAUUUCAGUUUGUAAAAAUGUAGACUUGCCUGAUUAUUAGGGAAUUGUAAAGUCUGGAUUAUUAGAUGUUGGCAUAACAAACUCUACUUCCUCACUAGGAUUUAUUUUUUAUGGAGCAAAAGGAAGAAAAGAAGAGGAGCUAUUUUAGGUGCCCUUAAUAAUUUGGCUUAAUGGAGGACCUGGUUGCAGCUCACAAUAUGGUAAUUUCUUUGAAAUAGGUCCUUUAAUAUUAGAAACAAAUGAUGAAGAAGAUGUAGAAAAUUAUUUAAAUACUGAGCCUUUUUAAUCAGAAUUUCAGAAAAAAUACAGUUUUAUUUAAAAUAAAUUCUCUUGGUCAAACGAUUACAACAUAAUAUUUAUUGAUCAACCUAUUGGGACAGGUAUUUCAUAUGCAGAAAAAGACGAAGAAAUUCCUACAAAUCAAGAUUAAGUAGCAGAGUAAUUUUACUAUGCUUUGAAAGAGUUUUAUUCAACUAGUCUAAGCUGUUUCAAUCUAAAUAAAAGUUAACUAAUAGAAAACUAUCCACCACUUUUUAUUUUUGGAGAGUCGUAUGCUGGAAAAUACAUUCCUUCUAUUGCCCAAAAAAUUAUUAAGCAAGGAAAUAUAUUUAAUCUAAAAAGCAUAGGCAUAGGUGAUGCAUUUAUAGCUCCAGAAGUUAUAUUAAAAGAAAUCCCAUAAUAUGCCUAUGAACAUAACUUAUUAAAUGAAUAAUAAUUACAACAAAGCUGGGAGGCGGCUUAAGAAGUUUUAGAUUCGAUUAAUGAUCCUUAGAAGUAAUAAAUUUCACGUUUAUUAUAUUGGAGAUUUAUUCGUCAAACUAACCCUAAUAAUGUUGAUGUAUAUAAUAUUUCUCGUAAAGAAGGUGAUCUUAAAAGUAGUUUGACUUUAGAAAAGUUUUUUAAUGAUGAAUAAUAUGGAAUUAGGUAAAUAUUUAAUUUAAAAAUGCUUCCAAAUUCAGAAAAAAAAUAUACCAAAUGUGACUCAAGAGUCUAGAAGUCUAUGUCUAUUGAUUUCAUGAGAGCAGAUUGUCUUGAUAGAUUUGAUUAUCUAUUAAAUAAAGGGCUAGAUAUAGUGGUCUAUAAUGGAGAUCUAGAUAUGAUUGUCCCAUAUACUGCUCCUAUUUAAUGGAUUAAAGAUUUAAAAAAUUGGAAAUUUACAGAAUAAUUUUUAAAUUCAGAGACUAAAUCUUGGCAAAUAGGCGAAUAAAGCUUUGGAACUAUCAAAUAAUUUAAAAAUUUAUCUUUGUAUAUAAUUAGAUAAGCUGGACAUAUGGUACCAGAAGAUUAAAGGGAAGCAGCUUUGGAUUUGCUCAAAUAAACAAUUUAGAGAAGUUUAAAUAAAUAUUAGAAUAUUUGA